CUUGAGCAAGGCAUUUCUCUUUACCCCGACAAACCUUCAGGGGGCUUUUAGCAUUUGUUCAGUCUGCAGUCUCUGGAAAACAUCUGAUUCAUUUUGUAACCAGUCCCAGAUGCGGCAGCGUGAGAGUGUGUGUGCAUGAGCGCGUCAGUGUGAGUUUGUCAGUGCAUGAGAUUUUGGGGAGAAUAUCUGCUGUCUAAGGGGAGGGAGAGAAGAACCGUGUGGAUUUUUUUUUAAUAUAACUUUUUUAGGUAUGAACGCAGCGUGCGUCUCAUACUGCGAUAUGACAUCGAUGGAUUCAUAUUAUAGCACUUCUACUGCGCAAGGUAGAGAGGCGAACCCGUUCAGGACUUUCCCGAACACUGAAGCCAAAUACAGCACCACGUUCAUCCCGGGGAAAGGGCAGGCUUACGGAGAGAAGUCCCGGAGUCCUUUCCAGCCGGAGUGCCAGUCAUUGGAUGGCGCUGAGGAGGGCACCUUCAGCAAAUACCAGCUCUUCAUGCAGCGACCGACCUGCAAAACUCCGCCCGAAGGAGGCAAGCUGCACCCGGACAGCGGACACAACGGGACGCUCAUUCCCUGCUAUGGAAAAGACAACAGCAGCCUGACAGAGUCUGAGUUGCCCCCGAGCGUCGACCCUCCCGGGAUGGAAGGCAGCUACCUGAAUCUAAAACCACCAGGCGAGAAGGGGCUGAGUGAGCGGCCGGGCUCUGAACUUUCUAGCCCUCUUGACAAAAGUGAGGCCGAGAGCAACAAAGGCAAGAAAAGACGCAAUCGCACCACAUUCACUAGCUACCAGCUGGAGGAGCUGGAGAAGGUUUUCCAGAAGACACACUACCCAGAUGUUUAUGCCCGUGAGCAGCUGGCACUGAGGACAGACCUGACGGAGGCUCGUGUGCAGGUGUGGUUCCAGAAUCGCAGAGCCAAGUGGAGGAAGAGGGAGCGUUAUGGCCAGAUGCAACAGGUCCGGACACACUUCUCUACUGCUUAUGAGCUGCCUCUACUGACUCGACCUGAGAACUACGCACAGAUCCAGAAUCCUUCGUGGAUCGGGAGCAGCAGCGGAGCAUCUCCAGUCCCGGGUUGCGUUGUGCCAUGUGACUCCGUCUCAUCCUGCAUGCCUCCUCACCCUCAUGGUCCUGGAGGCGUCUCUGACUUCCUGGGCGUGCCCAGUCCAGGGAGCAGCCACAUGGGACAGACACAUAUGGGCAGCCUUUUUGGGGGUCCCGGGAUGGGCGGGGGAAUCAAUGGCUAUGAUCUCAAUGUUGACCCAGACCGCAAGUCUUCCAGCAUAGCUGCGCUGCGUAUGAAGGCCAAGGAACACAGUGCGGCCAUCUCUUGGGCUACAUGAUGUCUCAGCCCGGUUCCACCCCGCCCCCAUAUGGCUCUCGACUCUGGAGCAGCCAGCAGCGAGCGCUGUGGGGGAGGAGGGAGUUUUCCUGAGAGCACUAAUGAUAACACAGGUCAAAUGAACAGGGGGAGACGGUGGAGAUAACAGAGGCCAAUACAGCGGCCAAAACAACCAAGAUAACAACUGUGACUGUGACAAUCAGCAGAUGCUGAAAGUGAGAGAAAUACAGACGUGUGACUCAGAAGAAGACGAUACUUUUCAUUUUUGAUUCCUUGAUCUCUCAGGUCUUGAUAAAAUAUGGGGUCAAUAAAUCCCUAAAAAAAACUGGGUAUCAUUCUUGAUAGUAAUAGAUGUCAAUAAAAUAAGCAAUAUAAUAAAUAUAGUUUACAAAAAGCAGUCACAGAAUCCAGGAGUUCAGUGCCAAAUCCAGCCAUAUCAUACAGUAUUUAACUGAAGCUUGAUUAUUUACUUCCUUUAGCUUAUUUUUUUAUACCAUCCAUCCUGCCCCACUAAUUUUUUGUGUUACUUUAUAAGCUUGUCUCGUAUCUUUGAGUUCAAGUAUCUGAACAUUCAGUAUUUGCAUUCAAAAAGCCAUUUAAAAAAAACAUGCUUAGAGGGACACCGCAUGAGUCUCUUUUCUGUCACUUGCCAUUCACAAACUGCCCUUUAAAGCAAAUUGGUUAGAAAGGAAAACAUGAAUUUUGAGCUUGCAAUGGGUACUUUAUGUCCCUGCUAAAGACAGAAGUUGAAUGCAAUAAGUGAACAGAGUCUAAUUGACUGCAAGCAGACAUGGGCCUGUGCCAAUUUAUUCUGGGAGGAGGGCAGGCCUUGGAUUGGUAGCAAUUUCAAACCAACGUGUCAUUUCCUCCCCCAGGGCUGCCUCCAAAGGUUCCCCUGCUAGGCUCAGGCCUCAGGUUACAGGAAACACUGUCUCCACCGGCAGACAAGGCGCAGCAAUGCACAGCAGCAGCCUUCAACACCAACUAGCCACGCCAGCUUCAAUCAGUGACCGACGGGAAUAGACACACUUAAUUAGCUUCAAAGUGAGCCGUCCUGCCCCGCGAACACCGUAGCACAUCACAGCGUACAUGGUGAGGACAUACUGCACACACAGUUCCACACGCUGUAAUAAUCAAUUCAUCGUCAGACGUGGGCUCAGCAGAGAUGACUCUUGAGCUCGCUCACACAACCCGCCACAUGCCAGAGACUGCAGGCCAAAUCAGUGGCCCCAAUCGUCCUGAAGUGCAUUCUGUAAUGUUUAGGUAAUGUGAUGACUUUUGAGCUGGACAGCAGGAAUGUGGUGAAUAUGUCCAGUGAUUGCUGGGGUGUCUCUGUGUGUUACCCCGCAGGAAUAAGCUUGUCACCAGAGCUGGGCUGCAGGCUGAGGCUAGAGACAGGCUUCAUUAGUCUUUUGGCUGAUCUUUCUGUGACGCCCGCUGGGCUACAUAUCCGUUUUCUUUCCCCACUGAGGAUGAUGGCAGGAGAGUCUGUUUCUGCUCCUCAUAGCUGGCUGAUCUUUGUAACAUAUGAGUGCCAAUUACAGCCGUUCUUUUUGAAAGCAGAACUGCAAAUAAUGACUAUUUUAAGUACAGAUUUAUUUCUCAAUUGGUCAAUUAAAUGUUUGGGCUAAAAAAUCAGCACAUCCUGGAUUUUGCAAACGCAACAAUUAAUGCAAAUUCAAGCAAUCCUCAUGAAUUCUCUGCAAUCUCACAAAUUUGUCCAUUCACCUUUUCCACAAAUUUGACCAGGCCUCAUAGUUUCCCAUGAGUAUCACCAGUCAUUGUAGUCCCUCGCACAAAAUCAUCAAACCUACCAAACUCACCACCUUGUUUUUGUUAUUGGUCAGUCUUACAUUUACCAACAAAAUUUACUGCUACCAUGCAAGACGAUGCCCUGAUGCUCUGCACAAAAACAGGGGUAAACCAUUUUGCACCGCAUGUAACGUUGUGGUGGCACACAAAUAAAAUCAUUUGAAAAACACUUUUCCACAGCAACACACACCCAGAAAAUGGCUGAAACAAGUUGACAACAGGCAAGGCAAAUCACAACAGAGGCUGUUGCAUCCAGAUUUGGAAAGAAUCAAGGUGAGUUAGAUUAAAUAAUCAUGGUUAGUGGUUAAGUUAGUGUAGUGUGACUCGCAAACUUAAAAGGGUUCGGUUUUAUCCUUACUGAAACAAGUCACCUUCAGUUUUUUAUAAAUUACACAAAAAUAAGUCACAACUUUUUAAAAAUUUUUUACUUGCUCCCUCAAUAUUAUUACAAAAAAAACACCUACCAAACUUUGCAUCACAUCUUUUUUUUUUUUUUUAAGGAAAGCUGCCGUAAAAUCAGGCAAUUUAGACUGCAACAAUCACUCCCCAAAAAAGCCUAUGAAAUCUUGGAGGGACUGUGACAUGCCAGAAAACAGUGAAAAAUCACAACCCCUCAAAACUCAAAUGCCAUAUAUUCCAUUUAUUAAUACUAAGGAAAAGCGCCAAAGUGAAAGGAUGGAACCAAAGAAUAGUAGCCAUUUUUGCUUGAGGAAUUAUCUAAAAUGAUUAUAAAUAUAGUUGUAGUUUAAUGUUUUGUCUACCAUUUGUUGCAAGUCUACAAUUCUUCAUUUAAAAUGUAGAAAAAACUACAAAACAUUUCUUUUUCCAUAUGAAGGCAAAAACAUUUUUUAAAAAAUUCUUCUAUCAUCUAGUGACAAAACAGAUUCAUUUUUAUUGGCAUUUAAAUCGAGCCCCCUCUUGUCAACAUAAGGUGACAACAUAAUGAAUGCUUUGACACAAGUAUUCCUGCUGUUAAUAUAGUAUAGACAGCGGGCUUAUUGGCAAAACUUAGAAACAAGUGUCAUCAAAUGGAAAGACAAAGGCCUCUAAAAUUGUGCCAGGACUCCAUUUAGUAAAGAUUGUGAAUGAAUAUAAACUUUGUUGGAUGUGCAGAAUAAAAGUCAAAAACAUUAUUGUCUAAAUUUCAAGAAAAUAAAACAGGAUGUGGCUAAAAAAAAAUUAGUGCAUGACUUUGUGUGUGACUGAAUUCCUACCUUGUCGUGUUUGUCUUCUCGCUGGUCGUCCCUCAGUGCUCCACUCCUCUGCAGCUCCGUCCAUGUUGAUACUACUGAAAUGAAGCAAAUGAAAUCCAUAGUUAUAAUGUCAUAUUGUGUGAAUGUGAACAAUAUUAAUGAUAUUGUUCUUUUGCUUGUACAUUUGUUUUGCUUAUUUGUCAAGUAAUGGACCUCCAGAGAUAAACCAUUGAAGUAUUACAGUAAUAUUGCCAAGAAAUGUAAAAUUAUGUUUUGUGUGUUAUUCUGAAGAGUUGCUCUGGACUUUUUACCAAGGUUGAAAUUGCUUUCUAAUUUCCUUGUGGCUUUAAGCAGAUUUCUGUAUAUUAAUCAACUAUUUCUACUUUUGAUUGUGUCUUUAUAUAAUGUGCCAUUGCAAUAAGUUAUUGCACUUACAGUGUUGGAGGAGAUGUUUUGUUUUUUUGACCUUCACUGGGACAGUGGUCUCUUUGCUAAAGCCAGAGGCGUGUGGUUUUGUGGCCCAACAGUCGAAAACUGUCUCCUAAGCCCGUCCAUAUUUAGCACCAUGAACAGCAUCACUGACAUCUGUUUAAAGUGCCUGACAUUUGUUUGUACAGAAGUAACUGGCUGUUUCUGUUGAUGAUGGUUUUGAAUUUUUAAAUAAAUGAUUCUCCAACUGUUAA